UUUUUUUUAAAUGACUUGAUCGAAGGAUAUAAAUAGGAAGUGAAAUUUCCGAAUUUGCCAUUUCGGAAACAUUCGUCUGCCCCUAAUUCUUCACGUUCGAGAUCAUGUCUAACUUAACUACUUCAAUUCAAUUGACUCAGAAUUCCAAGUACAAAUUGAGUAAUGGGUACCAAAUUCCAGUUGCUGGGUUUGGGGUUUAUACCGUUCCAGAAGGCGAGACUUUUGAAUUAGUCUAUGAAGCCUUGGUGCAAGGGUAUCGUCAUAUUGAUACUGCCUAUUUUUAUAAAAAUGAAGAAGAGACUGCUCGUGCCAUUCAUCAGUUUUUAAAAGACAAUGCUCAUGUUAAACGUGAGGAUAUUUGGUAUACCACCAAAUUGAUGAAUACGACUAAUGGUUACGAAAACACUGUUAAGAUAGUGGAAGAAACUGCCGCAAAAGUGAAGAAGUAUAUUGAUUACGUCGACUUGUAUUUAAUUCACAGUCCCAAAUCGGACCGAGAAACCAGAUUGGGGACAUGGAAAGCAUUGCAAGAAUACGUUGGCAAUCCUUCCAAUAAAACAUUGAAUAUACACUCGAUUGGGGUUUCUAACUAUGGUAUCAAGCACUUGGAAGAAUUGCUUAAUUGGGAUGGAUUGUUGGUUAAGCCAGUGAUUAACCAGUUAGAAUUACAUCCUUGGUCUCCUCAAUUGAAAUUACGUGAAUACUUGGUUAAACAUCAUAUCUUGGUAGAAGCCUAUUCCCCAUUGACCCAAGGAGUCAAAUUAAAUGACCCGGAAUUAUUACAAUUGGAACACACUUAUAGAAUCCCCAAAGCAGAAAUAUUAUUAAAAUGGUCCUAUCUACAAGGGUUCAUCGUUUUAGCUAAAACCGCUAAAAAGGAACGUAUUGCUCAAAACUUGAAUGUCUUACCAAAAGAACCUAAUACCCAGGAUGCUCUAGACGUAAGUUCUCACUUGGGUAAAGUCGACUUGGAUAUCAACAUUCUUGAUGCUUUAAAUAAACCAGACUCCCACGAAAUCUGUACUUGGGGCGGUGAAGACUCUACUUUAUACGAAGACCCAAAAUAAAAUAAAUAACUCCUUUUUGUAUUUUUGCAGCCUAUUUGUAAAUCACUUUUAUAUCUUUUUCUCUCUGGCACCCAAUAAUGAAUAUCUUGUAUCCAUUACUACCAAUAAUGGUCCAUGGUUUGUUUAUUCCCAAUCGUUUGGCGUAUAAGGGGAACGAUCGGGUAAACAUUUUUUUGGUGGAUAAGGCUGUAAAUCCGUAUUUGACUCCAACUAAAAACCUCCAACAGCCAUUCAUCCAUAAAGAUUAAUCAGGUAUAUCUUAGUUAUUUUGCUAAAGCAUUACAUUGGGAUUAGUCAAAAAAUUAGGUCCAAUAACUAAUCUAUUAGUCAAAGGUGCCUCAGUAGCAAUUCAGGCGCAUUCCCGCUUCACAUGAACCCUUUAUAAAUAUAUAUCUAUCAAUCUACGAUUAUAUUUCAACUUAUUAUUCAAUUAUUCGACUAGGUAUUCAGC